AUGGUUCUUCAACUGUUUUUAGCUCUUCUCUCUCUGUCCUUCUUUGUUUCUGCGGCAGUUUGCCGGAUUCCGCCGACUCCGGCCAACAUAAAAUCAUGGUGCAGUAAGACACCACACCCAAAGCCCUGUGAGUUCUUCCUUACCCAUAACCCUAAAUAUGGCCUUCCAAUCAAGCAAAAAUCUGAUUUUCUCAAGGUUUCCAAGCAAUUAGCCCUAGACCGGGCCAUGCAUGCUCAGUCUCACACUUAUAGUCUUGGCUCAAAGUGUCGUAAUGAGCGUGAAAAGGCUGCAUGGGCUGAUUGCCUCGAGCUUUACGAAUCGACCAUAGAAAAGCUCAACAAAACAAUGGAUCCCAAGACUAAAUGUAGCCAGACUGAUGUCCAAACAUGGCUCAGCACGGCUUUAACCAACCUCGAGACGUGCCGAACCGGGUUCAUGGACCUCGGUGUUACAGACUAUGUAAUGCCCUUAAUGUCAAACAAUGUCUCAGCUUUGAUAAGCAACACUUUGGCCAUUAACAAAGGGAAAAAUGGGAAUGGUGUGCCGAGUUACAAAGAAAAGUUUCCGAGUUGGGUCUCGCCCGGUGACCGGAAACUGUUGCAGUCUCGGUCUCCGGCAACUCGGGCCAACAUUGUGGUGGCCCAAGAUGGAUCGGGGAACUAUAAGACGAUAACUCAAGCCGUCGCUGCGGCCAAAAAAAGGAAGGGCAGUGGGAGGUUUGUGAUAUAUGUGAAGGCAGGGACUUACAAGGAGAAUGUUGAUUUUGGAAGCAUGAAGAACAUCAUGUUGACCGGUGAUGGCAUCGGAAAGACUAUAAUCACCGGCAGCAGAAGUGUUGACGGUGGUUCUACCACUUACAAGUCUGCCACCGUUGGUGGUGGGGAGGAUUAG